AUGUCGGAUUCCGAAAUUGUCACAGGAGAUACUUGCAAAUUUAUUUUUAAAAAAAGAACCAUCAAAGGCAGAGGUACAAGAAAAAGAAAUGCUUCGAGUUCAGAAGAAGAGCCUGUGGGUGAAAAGAAGGAAUUAAUUACCCAGAGCAAACGUAAAGUUAAAGCAAAUCCAAACGUACAGUCCACUAGUGGAAACAAGAAGCAAUUGCCAGAUAACUCAUCCGAUAGCGAAGAAGAUUUUUCAGUAAAUUACAAAUCAAGCAAGUCCGCGUUAUCAGCAGGACCUUCAGAUCAAGGAGCUACUGCUAUUCUAGAAAUCGAAACUGAAAAAGACAGAGAUGCACAAGCUAUAUUCGAAAAAAGGUUGGAAAUUAACAAAGAUCUGGAAGGUAAAGAAGAUGAUAAAGUCUACAGAGGAAUCAACAAUUACGCCCAGUUUUACAAACCAAAAGACACUGCUGCAGGAAACGCCAGUUCAGGACUAGUCAGGAGAGGUCCCAUAAGAGCGCCUGCUAAUCUUCGAGCCACUGUUCGAUGGGAUUACCAACCAGACAUUUGUAAGGAUUACAAAGAAACGGGUUUUUGUGGUUUCGGAGACAGUUGUAAAUUCCUCCACGACAGAAGCGACUACAAGCACGGUUGGCAAUUGGAAAGAGAAUGGAACGAAGGAACCUACGCUAAGGAAGACGAGGACGAUAAAAGAUAUGAAAUCCAUUCAGACGAGGAAGAUUUGCCAUUUAAGUGCGUCAUUUGCAGAGGAAGUUUCGUCGAUCCUGUUGUAUCGAAGUGCAAACAUUACUUUUGCGAAAAAUGCGCAGUACAAAGGUACAAAAAGAACAAAAAGUGCUUCGUAUGCAACGCUUUAAUAACCAGUUUCAAUCCUGCCAAUAAAUUGAUAGCGAGGCUUAAAAAUUUGGAUGAAAAUAAAGCAAACGAGGAAUCCGAUUCGUCUGAUUGA